UCCGCCCGCUCGGCCGUCGGGCGAAGGUCCCGACAUCCGCGUUCCACUUGUAAUCGGGGCGAGUCUGACCUACAUUCGCACUUUAUAAAGUUAGUCGGUGUCCGACCGGUCUUUCGACUUUCUCUUUCCGUCGCUCUCCUCAGUCAGGCCACUCGGAAGAUCGCGGAUGAAGACUCUUCUCAUCCUCGUGGCAGGUAUUCUCCUGCCAUCUUUACGUGAAUGUUUGUCGCCCGCGGAUUCCUUCGUUCCCGUCUCGUCCGAUCAGGUCAGGGUCCGUCGCCAGGCACCGACCGUCAACGUGCACAAAAUACCUAAGACCAGUUUCACCUGUAACGGGAAAAAGAGCGGAGAGUACUAUGCUGACCCCGAAACUCGCUGCCAGGUAUACCACGUUUGCGUGCCGGGAUUCAACGGAAAGUUCAGCUCCAUGAGUUUCGUUUGUCCAAACGGCACCGUCUUUAACCAGGCCAAUCGCGUUUGCAGCCCCUACGAUCGAGUGGACUGCGCUUUGGCAGAGAGGUUCUACGAGAGUCUGCACGGAGAUCCCAACCAGCAUCGCAAGGACUACGAUGGGCCCACCGGUCCUACGACUCCUCCCCACCCCCGACACUCUCGUCCUCAUUCCGGUACCGGACACUCCGCCAGACCUCAUCCUCCUCCUCCUCCUCCUCCUCCUCCUCCUACCGCCCCUCGUUCCAGACAGAGCGGUCGUCCCACCCCGCGGUCCAGGCAAUCUCGGCCCGCCGCCGCUCCCGCCACCCCCGCUCCCGUCAGAACUUCCAGACCUAACGUUUCCCGAGUUCCUCCUCCCGAUGUCCCCCGCGGUGGAUUCACCUCCACUUCCACCUCUUCUUACGAAUACGAUUACGAAUACGAAUACGAAGACGAACCGGAAAACAACAGAAACAAGAGAGAGGCAGAGACGUUCCCGACCCUUCCCCGUCGUUUCUUCCCGGCAUCUCCGGUUUCUUCCGACUUUGCCUGCGAUGAUAAGGUGGCGGGAGGGACCUACGCCGAUCCGGGAUCAGAAUGUCGGACUUUCCAUCUGUGCGUGCCGGUGGACAAAGGAAAGCUACGGGAUUAUCUAUUCUCUUGCGGCCAAGGAAGCGCCUUUGAUCAGCGAUCUGGCGAAUGUCGUCCGCCCGACUCGUUCGACUGCUCGCGCUCCUCCUCCUUCUACAAAAUAGACAAGACGGCUGCUUUCUCGGCCGGAAAAAAAGUGGGUCGACCCCGAAAUAAAACUUAGACACCAACUUCGUCUUCGCGCGUGACGCGUCGCCAAACGGAAAGCGCCGACGCCUCCCACUCCGCCGCUGUGUCAACCUCGGGGUCGACUUGCAAAAUCUUUUCUCCUUUCGUCAUUCGGUUAUUUAAAAUAUUUUCCAAUCUGGAAAGGAGCCGUCCGUUCUUUCUCUCGGUUAAACGGUCGAGCGCUCGAACGGUAUUGUUAUGCGCCCCGACCUGGUGGGACCGCCGGUGGAGGCGAUUUUUAACCCUUCGACCUCUCUGGCCGUUUACCUUGAACACGUUGCCGCGCGAGAAAUGUAAAUACCUCAAGCAAUAAAUUCCGUUUUAUCUCUUA